CCACUCCUUUUUCAUCUUCCACUUUUACGUUUUCUUUUCUUCACCACUUUUCAGCUCCAGACAUGGAAACGACCCGGAAGCACCAGAUGGACGAGCGCGAGGAAGACGACGGCGCGACGACCCUCGAAUUGAGAAUCGACGGUGGAGGCCACUCCGCUGCCGAUGAUCGACCCCAAGACCACGACUCAGCCGCUGCCGCCGUCUCCUCGACUCUUACGCUCAAAGAAGAGCCGGGGAAAGAAGAAACCCCUCAGCAACUGCGCGCGGCGGCGGCGUCGUUGCCCUCGAAGCGGUCGACCAAGGACCGCCACACGAAGGUGGAGGGCCGGGGACGGAGGGUCCGGAUGCCCGCCGCCUGCGCCGCCCGGAUCUUCCAGCUGACCCGGGAGCUUGGCCACAGGUCCGACGGCGAGACCAUCCGGUGGCUGCUCGAGCGCGCCGAGCCCGCCAUCAUCGCCGCCACCGGUACCGGCACCGUCCCCGCCAUCGCCAUGUCCGUCGACGGCGCUUUCAAGAUUCCCACCUCCGCCGCGGCCGCCAAAGACCCGGAACCUGGAGACCCGCCCGGGAAGAAGAAGCCAAAGCGACCCGCGAACAGCGACUACGUCGACGUCGGCGAGCACAUGACCUCGCCGAGCUCAACGAUCCUCGCACCAUCAACACAAAAUCACCAGCAGCACCACCCCCACCACCACCACCACCUGUUCCCUCAAGGUUUAGUCCCCAUGUGGGCCAUACCCUCGAGCGCCGUCGCUUCCGGAGCCUAUUUCGUGAUCCCACACAUGGCCUCCGUCCCAGCGCCGGCGGCGAGCCCGAUAUCGUCGUUCGCGGCCGCCCUCCAGCAGUACGAGGCGACCGCGGCCACGAAGCGCGCCGAAGCCCAAGGGGGCGAUUCGGCAUCCCCGGAGAUGGGCGGCGCCAACAUGAGGUCGGACGCCUCGGGGCCGAAACCGGCGAGGGCGGCGUCGGUCAUGGCGCCGAGCUCGGUGGCGACGGCGAGCGCGCCUCACGUGCUCCGGGAUUUCUCUCUGGAGAUCCGCGACAGCCGAGAGCCCAAGGAGUCGGACCGCAGCAGCGACGACGCGCGGGGGAGAUGAUGGAGAGAAGGUCGGGGUAGUUCGGGGGCGGCGCCGCCGUUGACGACCUCGCCGGAGCAUCGGGGAGAGACGGCAUUGACCGGGCGCGACGUCGGAAGGGGCGCUCGCUCGCGCUCUUUCUCAUCGGGCUUCGGGAAAGGAGCACGUGGUCACGUGAAGGGCGCUACGAAAGGGGUUCGCACGUGUAAGUUCUGUGUGGGGCCCCCCUACAUCGUAGUGGGGUCAACUUUGAUAUUUACUUUCAUGGCGGGCCGCGAUACUCGCGCGAAAUUGGUCAAUGAAAGUUUAAAUUCCACAGUUUUUUU